AUCAUGCAGCUGUUACACCCACGCGACCUGCUGAAUCUCGCGCGGACGAACAAGAGCUGCCGAGAGCUCCUUAUGAAUCGCAGCAAUGAGUUUCUCUGGAAAGCUGCCCGAGCCCAAGUCGAGGGGCUGCCGAAGAUUCCCCCAGGGCUUUCCGAGCCAGCCUACGCCAACCUGGUGUUUUUCAACAACUGUCAUGUAAUUGACGCCUUCCGCCUCAAGUGGGGCACGCUUACCGACCGGGGCGAACAGACCCAAUUCGUGCAAGAGUGUGCGGGAGCCGCCGUGGCGCGAGAGCGUGCCGCCAGCCAUCUAUACCGCUGGAUGUCGGACCGGCUAGACAAUCGAAAGAAGGAGUUAGGACACCUGAGGGAUGCUAGAUUCGAAGCGAUCAAGACACGCCUCCAAGACGAAGGUUGCGGCAAGGAGCUCGAGGCCUUGGACGUGUACGCGUUUUCUUCCCCACAUCACAGUUUCCUCGUUUCUGACACUCGGCCAGCGUGGAACAGUAUCCGAGAUGACGUGGUCAAAUACGUGCAGCAUUGCUAUACCGAACAGCUGAGACGUGAACAGCUUCAACUGUUCUCGAAGAGGAUGGGGCUACUACGUGCAGCUUUUGCGGACCAUCGCAGAGAAACAGGUCGAUUGGACCGGCUUCGGACCAUGGCCGACGCCUGCGAACCCGAGGCUGGCGACCUGGCGUACUUGCCCGAGUUCCGCGAAGUGAUCGAGGCCCCAGCAGAAGUCGAUGUUUCCAAAGAAACAUUCGCCCAGCUUAUGACGCCAUGGCCCCAGCUCGUCGCAAGAUGGACCGGUGAGCGGAAGGCUGAGUUCGAGCGGCUGAUGCUGCCCGCUCUGAAGGGCACACUCGCCGUCGCCGCCAAAGACAUACUCGACCUUGCCGUUGCGACAUUCUCAUGCUACAAGUGCUGGGGAGUUCGUCUACGCUGGCCCGCCGUCCUCAACCAUCCCUGCUUCCGGCCUCAAUCUCAAGGACCUUCUGAAAAUGCCGUCAGCACUGAGUUCGACAGGGCCGUGUACACCACAAGAAGUUACUGGGACGUGUUCAGUAUCAAGCCGGCGUGCGUCGGCGUGCAUUUCAGCCGCACGCGUAGCACUAUACGUGUGUGUAGCCAAGACCCUGACACCGUGACCUGGGAAACCAUGCAAGCGGAUCCGGCGCGGUUGAUGUGCAAGCUGUGUUCGACGGUGGAUAGAUGUCAAAUCUUCGAUUGGGUAGCCGCGGUAAGUGGCUUGACAUACUUUCUGUUCAAUCUGCAGGACUCAGACGAUCCGUCUACUAGGCUAUACACGAAGCUGAACAUUGGGACGACAUUCUUGAUCCUGACCAAGUGGUAUGGCUGCGCGUUCCCGACGAUCAAGCCGUGCAAGCCGGCAAGCUCGCAGAAGCGCUUGAUGCGUCGACCAGGGACGAGGUCGCGUACACCACUGACGGCCAACAUUAUCUUACCUGCGCCUUGUGCUCUCACUAUCAAGUCAAGCAUACGAAGUCUAUGCAGGAGCACAUCAAGAAGAGGUGAGUUCGUCCCGCUCUAA